GCCGCCCUACCCCCAUGUCCUAUUCCCACCAUCCCCUUAUAUCACCCGCCACCGCCGCCCGCUAGCUAGCUACGACGCGCUCCCACCCAAAUCAGUACGCAGGCCGAGCGGUUCACAGCAGCAGCUAGCACUUCACACGUACGCGCGGCCACAACCGAGAUCUCUGCCAAUCCCGGCGAGAUGAAGCUCCCGCUGUCGGCGGGCUCGCCGGACACCACGCCGGAGCUGGCCAAGCCGUCGCUGCCCACCACCUGGCUCAUCCUGCACGCGCUCUUCUGCGCCACCUCCAUGGCCGUCGGCUUCCGCUUCUCGCGCCUCGUCGUCUUCCUCCUCUUCCUCCCCACCCCGCCCCUCAACCCCGCCGCGCACCUCGUCUCGCUCGUCACCCCGCCGCUCACGCUCGCCACCGCCAACGCCACCGCCACCAUCACCACCACCACCACCACCACCACCACCGUCACCACCACCACCACCGUCGCCGAGACCGACGCCUUCGCCAACGCGCACCACCAGGUCCACCACGGGCCCGUCUUCGUCGGCCGCCACGCCAUCCGCGUCCGCAAGUGGCCGCACCCGGACCCCAGCGAGCUCCUCAAGGCCCACCACAUCCUCGCCGCCGUCCAGAGCGCGCAGCGCAGCAGCAGCCGCCGCGGGAACGGCCCGCCCAGGCCAGUCAUCGCCGUCACCCCCACCGCCACCUCCGCGCUCCAGGCGCCCUCGCUCACGUCCCUCGCGCACACGCUCCGCCUCGUCGACGCCCCGCUCGUCUGGAUCGUCGUCGAGCCUGGCCACCGCACCGACGCAGUCGACGCCGUGCUAUCCCGCUCCAGCCUCGACUUCCACCACCUCGUCGGACCCGAAGCCGCGUCCACCGCGCAACUGCGAAUGCACGCACUCAGGGAGAUACGGAAGCAGAAGAUGGACGGCGUCGUGGUGUUCGCCGACGAGAACGGCAUCCUCCGCACGGAGCUCUUCGACGAGGCGCAGAAGGUGAAAUCCGUGGGCGCCCUGCCCGUCGGCAUCCUCGGCGAGGACGAGGGGACCAAGGAGUCCUUCCUGCAGGCGCCGGCCUGCGACGAGGCCGGGAAGCUCGUGGGCUACCACGUGUCGGACGAGACGCUCCUGCCCGCGGACCGGAGCGACAUGCUGCUCUCCAGCAGGCUCGAGUGGGCAGGCUUCGUGCUCAACGCGCGGGUGCUCUGGGAGUCGGGCGCCUCGGCGGAGCGGCCCGAGUGGGUGCGCGACCUCGACGCCGUCGGCGACGCAGGCGGCGCGCACCUCGACAGCCCGCUCGCGCUCGUCACCGAUGCUGGCCGCGUCGAGCCGCUCGCCGGCUGCGCCCAGGCGGCGCUCGCCUGGUCGCUACGCUCCGAUGCUCUGCGCGAGGUCAAAUUCCCGCACGAAUGGAAAUUUGACGCUCCUCUAGUAAAUGCCGCUUCACGUCAACAGAGUGUAGGGAAUACUGAAGAUGGUCACUAGAGAGCAAUAUUAUUUUUUGUGGGAAAUAGAAAUCAGGGCAGAUCAGACCGCGCUACGGCUCGUCUGAUUUUGUGAGUCUCCACUAAUGCAGCUGUGCCUCCUGGUACCAAGAUAUCUCAACUCUUGUGUAACAGAAGGCAGUUCAGCUCAGUUUGUUGUUGGGACUCUGCACAAAAGCACAGACCGAUACAUCUAAAACCAUCGCUCAUGUUCUGUAUCAUCGUGUAAAAAUAGAAGAUGAAGAAAAGUUUAAUUAUAUGCACCA